ACCACGGGGAGAAGGGGGCAGAGGAGGAGGGGGCGGCCACUGUAGUGGUAGUGAAUGGUGCCAAUUGUCCGAGCAACUCGUGUCCCCCCCUCCCUUCCCCUGCAGCUCCUCUGUGGGGCUAUUGUGCCCCCCUCCCAUUCCAGACAAGAGAGUAUUAUCUUCUUCUGAAUGAUUGUUCCGGGGGCUUUUACAAACACUUCUCCCCCCUGUGGUUUUGCCACACAAAAAACCCGAGUAACCCAAAGGUGAACUCUUGGAUUGAACGGAAUGGGAAACUUAAAAAAAAGUUUUACUGAUAACCUUUUACAUAAAUCAUUUCCGGAAAAUCUCCCUCCUCCCUCCUCCCUCCUCCCUCUCUCCUGCCAUUAUCUCAACCAACCCUCCCCUACCCAUCCCAAACUAGGACACAAUUGCUGGGUGACAAUGUAGCAAACAUUCCGCUGGUACGGGAGGCUUGAGGGGUCAGGAGCCCGAGAGAGCUGGGAGAAUCAGCAUAAAGCCCGAACCCUUGGGACGUCCUCUCCUUGCCCCAAGUCCGUUUCUUGGGAGCCUAACUCGAGUGGCAGCCCCUCCAUGAAGAUUUCUCUGAUCUCCCCCAGGUGGUGGUGACCUCUCCUUUCUCAGAUUUCUCAUAGCCCUUUGCCUGGACUGCUCCAUUGCAUAGCCACCAUCCUCCCUGAACAGAGGCUUCUCUCGGAAAAGUCACACGUUCUUGCCUAAGAUUUUCUUCCGCAAGAUGUCAUCCUCGGCUGCCAAGGACAAGCCUGAGCUACAGUUCCCGUUCCUGACCGACGAGGAGACUGUGAACACGCUUCGCGAGUGCAAGACUCUCUUCGUCCUGCGCGGGCUGCCCGGCAGCGGCAAGUCCACGCUGGCCCGGGCCAUCGUGGACCGCUAUCGGGACGGCACCAAGAUGGUGUCUGCCGACGCCUACAAGAUCACGCCGGGCUCCCAGACUGCCUUCCCCGAGGAGUACAAGCAGCUCGACGAGGACCUCAAUGUCUACUGCCGCCGCGACAUCAGCGUCCUGGUCCUGGAUGACACCCACCACGAGCGGGACCGCCUAGAGAAGAUCUUUGACCUUGCUGACCAGUACCAGUACCUGGUGGUGCUGGUGGAGCCUAAGACAUCAUGGCGACUGGACUGCACUAUGCUUAAGGAGAAGAACCAAUGGCAGCUCUCUGUAGAGGAUCUGAAGAAGCUGAAACCUGGCGUGGAGAAGGACUUUCUGCCUCUCUACUUUGGCUGGUUCCUGAGCAAGAAGGGCUCGGAGAGCCUGCGGAAGGCUGGCCAGGCCUUCCUGGACGAGCUGAGCAGCCACAAGGCCUUCAAGAAGGAGAUGAAGCACUUUGUGUCUGGGGAUGAAUCUAAGGAGAAGAUAGCCUUGGCUUCCUACUUUGUGAAGAGGCCUCCCGGGGUGCUGCACUGUACCACCAAGUUCUGUGACUAUGGGAAGGCGGAUGGGGCAAAUGAAUAUGCCCAGCAGGAUGUGGUGAAGAAAUCCUACUCUAAGGCCUUCACCCUGACUGUCUCUGCGCUGUUUGUGACCCCCAAGACAACGGGCGCCCGGGUGGAGCUGGGUGAGCAGGAGCUGCCGCUGUGGCCGGCAGAGGUGGACAAGUUGACGCCUACUGACAACCUGCCCCGAGGCAGCCGGGCCCACAUCACCCUGGGCUGUGCAGUCGGGAUCGAGCCUGUGCAGACCGGCAUCGACCUGCUGGAGAUGCUUCGGCAAGAGAAGGGGGGCAGUCAAGGAGAGGAGGUGGGCGAGCUGAGUCGGGGCACGCUCUACUCCUUGGGCAAUGGGCAGUGGAUGCUGCGUUUAGCCAAAAAGUUAGAGUUUAGGGCCAUCUUCACAGGAUACUAUGGGAAAGGCCACACUGUGCCCACGCACAGCAGCCGAAAGGGGAGGGCCUUGUCACCUUGCACCAUCAUCUAGACAAUGGGCUGCCCUUUCAAACUAUUCACCCUGCCCCCUUACUUGGGGGUGAGUAGGAGACACUGACUUCCACUUGACUUUUUUAUAUCAUUAACUCACCUUUAAUUCUUAAAAACUUGUAAAAUAACUGUCCCCUUCCAACCUAACACCUUAUGCUCUAAGUCAGAAAGAACAUAUGGAAGACUGGACUAAAGUCCUAGGAAUCAGGACCUUGUACUCCCCUCCCCCACAUUAUUCACCCAGUCUCCAGCAGCAGCACCCCUUGGUUUUUAGUCCCGGGGGGCUGCACUACCCUCAGUGUGCUCUGCAGAGAAGGCAUACAGCACUUCCAUAAAAGAUGUGUUUAGAUGGGUAGGGAGGCCCACCCCUCUCCUCCCUCCCACCUUUAUUAAUUGCUAGAGCUGGCUGGGAGGUUCUGGAAGUGUUUACUCUUCCCUUCCUAUCAGCCUAGUUUUUCAUUCUCCCAUUCCCCGCUACCAUUUUUCUGAGGGGGUGGGGUGGGGUGGGGAGGAGGAGAGUAGGAAUCUUCCUCUAUGAUGAAACUUGAUAGGGGGGAAGUAGGGGAACCCUAGGAGGAUUGUAUUCUGACAGUACUGUAUACUGACAAGCACACAACAGUAAAUAGCUGCCCCUCCCCCCCUUAUGAUACAAUUGCCCCUUAUAGGAGGGAGGAGCCCUAAGCAGAGAUUCACCUCAUUCUAGCAAUGAACUCUCCCUUAUAGAUGGGGAAAUUCUGGCCCAAAAGGGUUGGGAAGUCUGCCCAGCCCUACUGUAUAUUCAUGGGGAAAGCUAAGGCUUGCCUUCUAAUUAGGCUCCCCUGCCAUUAGGCUGGUAAAGGCUGCCUUUCAUCUGCCUUCCUUUCAGUAAGGGGAUUUUAACACUGCUUUGCAUACUUCCAUUUCCUGUUUCACAUAAUCUUCUUGGUAUCAUUUGACUCUGGUCUGGUUCCUGUGUGAUAGGGGACCUUACUUAUGUUCUUUCUCAACACAAAUGCUUGGGAUUUGAGUUAAACAUCCUGGUUUUGCCCCAUCCCCCAAAGUAUGACUGUUAAUGAAAUAAAUAUCAAUAAUCUCAA